GAAGUUUCUUCCUUCUACAGAAGAAAAAGCAGUGUUUAUUUUUGGCUGUUGAUCAGCUGAUAAUGGGGGGCUCUUCGCCAUGUGCGUCAUGUAAACUUCUGAGGCGUCGAUGUGCUAAGGACUGCAUCUUUGCUCCUUACUUCCCUUCCGAUGAACCCCACAAGUUCGCUAUUGUUCAUAAGGUCUUUGGUGCAAGCAAUGUUAGCAAAAUGUUGCAGGAGCUUCCGAUUCUGCAGAGAGCAGAUGCAGUGAGUAGCUUAGUUUAUGAAGCAAAUGCAAGAGUGAGGGACCCUGUGUACGGAUGCGUAGGGGCAAUAUCCUACCUUAAAAAUCAAAUAUCACAGUUGCAGAUGCAGCUGGCGGUGGCUCAGACCGAGAUACUUUGCAUUCAGAUGCAGCAGCAGGAAUCGGCGUUACCGACUCAGAUACAUCAAGACGACUGCAAACCCUUCCUUUUAGCCAAUAAUAAUAACUUAGAUAGCAUCUCCCAAUACCUCAACUUCGCUUCUUCUAGCAAUGUAAUACAAGACCCAGCAGAUCUCAAAAGAGAGUCUUUUUGGACUUAAAAUAACGU